UGCUUCCCAUUUGGUGAAUGCGAACCUUGCCCCCCAGAUGAGCUCGAUAAACCCUUCUGUCAACCAUUCGGUAACCGGCGGUUAAUGCAUUGCCAUAAUGCCUCUUCAUCUUCAUUCUCCUCGUCUUCCUAUCACGAGGGCUCUCGCUUCUCUCUACGACCGCUCGGUGAGACACCCGCCUGGGAAUCCUGCGGGCGUAUCAUCUCUCGCGAACGAGCCGAUUUCUACGAAUUCGUCGCAUGUAAUGUGCUUUUUGCUGUCGGUGCGAUGUUAGUGGUAUAUAUCAGGUCUAGGAGACGACAUGCGUUACAGGCGAGGCAGCUGGCUGCAAGGAUUGGUCUGAUUAGA